AUGGCUGCGCUGGCGAUACAAAGGACUGACAACUUUUUACACACCUUUUUACAGGACCGGACGCCCAGCUCGUCUCCAGAGGGAGCACCCAACGCCCUCUCCUUCCUGGCCACCACCUGUAGCCAGGCCUGGCAGGUUGGAGGCACUAUGGGCUCAGAAGGCUCCCAGUUCCCCUACGAAAGCACCGUCAGCUCUACAUCAGGAAUGUUUCAGCUCUGGAGCAACGACAUAGCGCCCAGCACCGCCCUCAGCACACACCAGAUGACCUUCACAGUGCCUAAGGUGCAGUUCCCGGGACACAUUCAGCCUGGUCUAGGUCACCAUCAUCAUCAUCAUCAUCAUCAUCCACAUCAUCACCACCACCAUGAGCUGCCUCUCACCCCUCCGGCUGAACCUCCCUCUUCCUACUCCUUCGAACUCUCCCCUGUCAAAGUGCUGUCUUCGCAGCCUCAGGCCACCGGCCCCUAUUACCCUCAGCACAACAGUGUGGGACAAAACUUCCCCAGCUUCAUCCAGAACUCUGCAGCCAGGCACCACCUGCCUGGAGGCCAUGUGGAUGAAGGGCAGCAGUGGUGGAGCCUACCCCAAACCAACGCCACCCCAACCAACCAUCCCUUCUCCCUAGGCAGGCAGCUGGUUUUGGGCCACCAGCCCCAGAUAGCUGCUCUUCUCCAAGGCACCUCCAAGGGCCUGCUGAGCUCCACACGCCGCUGCCGCCGCUGCAAAUGCCCCAACUGCCAGGCCAAUGGUGGGGGGUUAGAGUUCGGAAAGAAGAGACUGCACAUCUGCCACAUCCCAGAGUGUGGCAAGGUGUACAAGAAGACCUCUCACCUCAAGGCACAUCUGCGCUGGCAUGCCGGGGAGAGGCCCUUCAUCUGCAACUGGCUCUUUUGCGGUAAAAGCUUCACCCGUUCAGACGAGCUACAGCGGCACCUCCGCACGCACACCGGAGAGAAGCGCUUUGGGUGUCAGCAGUGCGGCAAGAGGUUCAUGAGGAGCGACCACCUCUCCAAACACGUCAAGACCCACCAGACCAGGAAGAGUCGGUCUGGGCAGCCUUCACAGAGCACGGACUCUCUGCUCACCAAUAUCAAGAGAGAGUAA